GUCAUUGAACCAGGAAGUAAGAUGAAAGUUGAAAUCCCACUUUCUGUAAUAUAUAUAUCAACAAAUCACACGCAAAUGACUCAGAAUUUGCCAGAUACGUAGGUUACAAAUGGAGAACCAGGUUCAACCUGGAGGCGAUGGAACACCAUCGAACAAUGCCUACACUAAUCACUUGAUUUCGGCUGAUGGAAAAAACAAAAUCACUCACUUGCUUGAAGUUUAUGGUGGAACUAAGGAAGCACUGGAAGCACUGCUGAAAGAAGAUGCCGACAAUGCUGAGAAAGAACUCUCUUCAAUGUACUGGUACCAUGGCUCCAUUAGCAGAGAGGAGGCCGAAAUCGCACUCGGAAAAGGAGGAUGUUCAGAUGGCCUUUAUCUUGUAAGAGCCAGCCAAUCAACUCCUGGGAACUUCGCGAUCAGUCUAGCUGCCAAAGGGAAACUCCAUCACUUCCAGAUAACAGAGUGCGGGGAGGUCUAUUUCAAUAUUGAUAAAGGCACGAUCUUCCAAGGACUGGAAAACCUUAUAAAUGCUCAUAAGGAGUUAUCCCAUGGGCUUCCAUCGAAACUUAGAAAGUUCAUUCGCAAAGGCCCACCACCUCCCUCGGCCUGUCGUUACGGAUGGACAAACUUUUUACACAAAGCUGUCAUAGAAGGAAAUGCAGCUAUUGUACGCAAGAUAUUAGAGUCCACUCUGUGUCCCGACAUCAAUGCAAAAUCCUCUGCCGCGUACCAUGGGAGUGCGGCUCUCCAUGAUGCAGCGUAUCUUGGCCAUGAUGCCAUCAUCUUACAGCUGCUAGCCAAGGGGGCAGACGUGCGCCUGAGGGACAGUAACAGCAUGACCCCGCUUCAUAAGGCGGCCGAGGGUAAUCAGCCCAACAGUAUCAAGAUUCUGAUAGAGAAAGGCAAGGCUGAUCCCCAUGAGAGGUCUCUGGUGACUGGAUCAGUGCCGAUGCAUAUUGCAGCCAAGUAUGGACACACAGAAUGCCUCAAAGCCUUACUCUCAUUUGGAGCCCCUUGUUGGCCAAGAGAUGAGGACGACUCGACACCAUAUCAACUUGCCGAGCGAUUGCACCAUAAAGAUGCUGCCAAGUUACUCAAUGAAUACAGGAGUCCCAGGCCCAAUGUUCACAUGUCUGACUGGUACCACAGAAAUUUAAAACGAGAGGCUGCAGCAGAACUAUUUCACAACGUGGAGGCAAAGGAUGGCACAUUUCUCGUGCGAGACAGCUCCAAACAUCCACACUGGCAUGUCCUAGCUGUCAUCUGCCAGGGGACUGUCUUCAACUUCGAAAUCAAGAAUUACGAAAACCAUGUGUUUUCCUACAUAGACGACGGGCCGUAUCUCGAGUCCAUAGAACACGUGAUUGAGCAUUACUCGCAGAGGGCUGACGGGUUGCCGUGUAAAUUGGAAAUGGCCAUCACUCCGGCAGGUAAACUACUCGACAUCAAACUACUGAGACCCAAGAGAGGAGGCGGUAUCAAGGAAGCCAAAAAAAAGAAGGGGAAAAUCCCUCCACCUUUAGUUCUGACUGAGUUUAAGUCUUCAAGCCAUAUCCCACCUCCUACCCCGGAUGUCCCUAUAUCUCCCAGUGACCGACGGCCCUCACUCCCAGUACCAACUACUCAUACCCUGGAAAAAAAGAUCUCCAAUGAGAAAAGACCGUCACUCCCAAAUAACAGAUUAUUGCCUUCCCCCAGUCCAAGUCCUAAAACUGUUGAUAACUUUUUGUACCCUCACCACAUGAUUGACCGACCCCCUCAGCCAUUACCACCAGGUAUUGGCUCUCCUGAUCAUACUACACCAACCUCCCCUGGUGGAGACCGCCCUCCACCUAAUACAGAUGGUGUGGUUAACCUUUUAGAAAAAGGUCUUCGAAACCUUCCAACUCGAGACGUUUUCCCACAAAAGCCCAGUGGGCAAUAUUCUCCACUGUCCUCUCCAAAGAAGAGUCACUCCCCAUUGUCUAACUCCCCGAGAUCUUGCUCUCCAAUGUCAAACUCACCAAAGUUCUGCAGCCCUUCAAAUUCGCCUUUAUCUGGCUCUCCUAUUGCUAGGAGCAGAGGUCGGUCUAAUCCAGCUGAUCGGCCUCAAAUGCCUUUACCAAGCCCUCCACAGUUCCAAACCAACCCACUGCAAACUUUAACCACUAGUUACACUCCUCCUCCUUACAAAACUCAGCAGAGCCAUCCAGCAGCAGCUCAGAUGCAGGUUGCAGUUCGAAGUCCCCCAGGUUAUCAUAGCCAGUUGAGUGCCCCCUUACCAGUGUUAUGGCAUCCCCAGAACCUCCCUACUCAACAGAGCUGUCCACGUCCCGUCCCAAAGGUUCCACCGAAAUAUCAACCUGGACCUACUCAUCAGUUACCUUUGCCUUCUUGUACAGAUUUACCAGCGCCUCCUAGCUUGCAACCACCUGUACUGCCCGCGGCAGUUGAUGACCGACCUCCGCCCCCACCUCAGAAGCCGCCGCACAUAUCGGCCAAGCCACCGAGCCAGGAACCUGAUUAUCCACCACCACCACCACCACCAUCUGUUACUGAUUUGAGCAACGUGCCAUCACCAUCAUCGCCGUCCAAGGGUAAACAUCUCAAGGCCUUCUUCAAGAAAAGCAAGAAAGUGAAGGAAAAGUCUCCAAUUGCAAAUCCAACUUCAGAAUAUGCCGAACCAACAUCACCCGGUGAAUUCUUGCUGAUACCAUAUCCAAGCAUGGAACUGGAGCGUGAAAUUGGCCAAGGAGAAUUCGGCUCUGUGUAUCGUGGAACUUGGAAGAAGCCUAAUGGAAAGAAACAGAGUGUUGCUGUGAAGACACUUCAUCCUGAGAUCAUGCAUACCGCCUCCAGCAAGGAGCAGUUCUUGGUUGAGGCGAAGGUCAUGGCCAAGCUUGAUCAUCCCUGUAUCGUCAAGCUGAUCGGAGUCAGCGAGGGCAAGCUACUCUUAAUGGUUCAAGAAUUGGUAGCGAUGGGUUCACUCCUGAACUACCUAAUCGAGUACCCAGAACGCAUCGAGAAAUCCGAACUGUAUCUGUGGGCAGCCCAGAUCGCCUGUGGCAUGAUGUACUUGGAGACAAAGAAGUUUGUCCAUCGGGACUUGGCUGCGAGGAAUAUUCUUUUAGCGUCGGUAAAACAGAUCAAAAUCAGUGACUUUGGUUUAUCACGUGCAGUUGGUGUUGGUAGUGAUUAUUACCAGGCAUCGAAAGGAGGCAGGUGGCCUGUCAAAUGGUAUGCCCCUGAGUGUGUCUACUAUGGCACGUUCUCCAAUGCUAGUGAUGUGUGGAGCUUUGGUGUGACACUGUGGGAGAUGUUCUCAUAUGGUGCUCAGCCGUACGAGGAGGUGGCAGCUAAAGAGGUAAUAGCUCAGAUAGAUGCGGGCGAACGUCUGCCACAACCGGAGAAAUGCCCCGACAAGGAUUACGAGACGAUGAACAAAUGCUGGCAAUAUAACGCAGCGGACAGACCAACCUUUGAUGAGCUCAAUGCUAGGUUUGCUGAUGAUCCAGACUAUGCUAGUAUCAAUGAUUUGGUGAUUGGGCGGAAGUGGCGAGAAUCGUGAGAGCUCGAUUUACAGUGUUCAUUUCAUGUGUUCACGCUGCUUAUUGUAAAGUAUCACAGAUGUCAAAUUCAAUGUGAAUAAUCAAUUUGUGUGUGUCUUCGUGGUCUAAUUUGUGCCAGUUUACAAUACUCUAUCAAUAUGCUGCAGUUUUGUGAUGAGGCUUCGAGCCAAGAUUUAUCAAUAUCCAUGACAUUGACUUAUAUUAUAGACUCGAACAGUUUCAGCUUUAACCUUGGAGCUUAUGUAUCAGUGAAGGACAUGUGCUAGUUUUAGUUUUUGCAACGUGGUCAUGCAAUUUGGAGAUCACAACCAACAGGAACUUAAAUUUGAUAAUCAUUCGGUCAUUUGUAGUGGUUUACUUAACAUUUUAUUUGAUACAUGCUUUAUUAUUCAUUGAUAUAGGAGAUGUCUUUCAAUCUCUGAUGUGAUUUUGAUCAAAAUUUAUGUCAAGUUGCAUUAUCCUGUACUGAAUCGCUGGAAUGCACAAGGGGGAAACACCAACACAGGGUGACCUGGGGGAGGGGGGGGGGGGAAUUUCCACUCUUGCCAUUUGUGUCCUAUAUCUGCAUAAGAAAGCUUUUUUAAGGGUGUCCGGGGGUUGGCGGAGGUAGCUCGUCCCCUUGAGUUGGGCCCUGGGGUCAUUGCAAGCGUUAAUCCUGUAAAUAUCAUGAGCCUAAAUCUGACUUGGCACUUUACAAUGGUGGCGCUCCUAAAUGCAUUUUCUGUUGUUGUGUUAUGUGUGAAUGUGUUAAAGGCAUAUCUGUGAUGGAAAUAUCUGCUGAUCGGAUAAGCUUUGUGUGUACAGGGUGUCACGAUAUGUUUUAAUGACCUUUGUCCUGCAGAAACUUGUAGUUGAUUUUUUUCUCAUUUUAACCGUCAAAGCCCCAUGAUAUGAGCUAUAAUGAAUAGAACGUGCUGUGGUCUCCAAGUUUCAUUGUAACUAGUCUUAUAGGCCAAAUAGUGCCUAGUCUCACAAGUCUCUCAACAUGCCUAGGUGAUAUGAUAACCUGGGCCUACAAAGGCAGACCAGUUAACUGCCAGACCAGAGUAUGUUAUCUGCUGCCUCUGUCAUUUGUUGAUGGAAGGGAAAAGAUCAUAUACUUUUGAAACACCCUGUAUAUGUAUUU